AUGUCAUCAUUCGACGUCCUCAUCAUCGGGGCCGGUAUAUCAGGAAUUAAUGCUGCCUACCGCGUGCAAGAACAAUUUCCUGACUAUCGCGUCGCCGUCUUGGAGGCACGCGACAACAUCGGGGGUACAUGGGACCUGUUCCGCUACCCUGGCAUCCGAUCAGACUCUGAUCUGUAUACCUUCGGCUUCCAGUGGUUCCCCUGGAACCAGCCAAACCCCAUCGCAGAAGGGGGUGACAUACUGAGGUACCUGAACGAUGCGGUUGCUGCCCAUGGUCUCAAGGAGCAUAUCCGCCUAAACCACCGGGUAAAAGCCGCCAAAUGGGACGGGCAGCAAUGGCACAUCGAAGUGGAAACCGGAGGAAAGGUGCAAGAACUCAGCAGCAAGAUGGUCAUCUUCGGGACUGGCUACUACGACUACCACGACCCUCUCGAUGCCGCCAUCCCAGGGCUUCAGGACUUCAAAGGCGAGGUGAUCCACCCGCAGUUCUGGCUAGAGAAGUUCGAAGCGACGGGCAAGAAAAUAGUGAUCAUUGGGAGUGGCGCAACUGCUGUGACCCUCGUGCCCUCACUAGCAGAGGACGCAGAGUCGGUAACAAUGCUGCAGCGCAGCCCUACCUACCUCGCCUCCAUCCCCAACCGGAGCCCCAACACCCUCUGGAGCAGACUCCUCCCACGGUUAAUGCUGUAUCACUUCCGUAGACUGUGGUACCUGACCGUCCCGCAACUCUUCUACCAGUUUUGCACGAGCUUCCCACAUGCUGCUCGGACCCUGCUCCAGAAAGGCAUCAAGCAACAACUCCCCCCUCACAUCGGGAUGGAACCCCAUUUCACGCCUCGCUACAACCCCUGGGAACAGAGACUCUGCGCCUGCCCAGACGGAGACUUCUUCAACGCCCUGCGCUCGACCAAAGCCAAAGUCGAGACGGGGGUGAUAGAGAGCGUCACCGAGACCGGAAUCCAACUGAACAGCGGUAAAACGCUCGACGCAGACGUCAUCGUCACAGCAACGGGUCUGCGCAUGAAAUUCUUCGGCGGGAUCCCGAUAUACGUCAAAGACGAGAAAUUCAACCCCUCCGAGAAGUAUAUGUGGAAUGCCCUCAUGCUGCAGGAUCUCCCGAAUGCGAUGACCGUCUUGGGGUUUGCGAAUGCGUCGUGGACUCUUGGGGCGGAUAUUGCGAUGACCCUUGGCUGUAGAAUACUCAGGCACAUGCAGAGCAACUCCUAUUCGACUAUCACUCCGACAUUGGAGGGCCAGGUUCAGCUGGAUAGCCGUCCACCAUUGGAUCUGCAGUCUAACUAUGUCAAGCGUGCACAGAAGGAGCUGCCGAAAGCGUCUGGGGAGAGACCGUGGGUGUCGCGGACUGGAUACUUCUCGGACAGAUAUUUUGCGUCGUUUGGUGACAUUAGAAAGGGGCUCGUUUUUUCUUAG